AUGACCAGUCCAUCCAAGCAAGCUGCCAUCUCGGCCUAUCGUAAUUUGUUAAAGACUCAACGGACUGUAUUUGGAGAGGACGUCAAGGCAUUCAACGCUGCCAAAAAGGAAACCUAUACUCGAUUCAUGCAAAGCAAAGAUGAGACCAAUACUGAUGUAUUAGAAAAGAAGUUGAAAAUGGCUGAUCAGGUCGCUACACUCUUGAAACAAAAUGUCUUGCAAGGUGUAUCCAAGGGUGACAAUACGUUUAAAUUGCGAAUUACCAAGGAUACUGUUUUGGGAGAUAACGAUAGCAUUAAAAAUAGCAAAAAUAGCAAACGCAAGACAAAGAGAGGACGUGCUGCUGCUGCUACUGAUGCUGGUGAUCAUUCAGCGUGCUGUGGUCACAGCCAUUAA